UUAGGAAUUUUAAAAUGAGGGUUUUUGGACCCAAAUCUCUCAAAUAAAAAUCCAAGUAUUUAAUUUGUAGGAUUUGUGUCAAAUUAUUCUUUUAUUUAUGUAUGCAGGUUUUUAAUUAAAAACUCACAUUUAACCAAAAUUUCAUAAUUGUCCUUCACCUUCACCAAUUCAUCGCUUACUUUUAUUCUAACCUAAACCCAUCGAGAAUUGCAGUCGUUGCCUCAAUGCCUUUUCAACCUUCACCUGUCGCCUUCUGCAUCUGCUCCGCUGAUCUCGUCCACAUUCAAGGACCCAGUGCUUCUUUAUCCACAUGCAAUCACAAGCUCUCAUCGCAUCUUCUUCCAUCUACAAUCGCCGCCAUCUCGGACGACAAUCGAAGGUCUUUUCCGACGAUCAGUGGCAGGGAUUGGAGGUGAGGAUGGGUCGUCUCCAGAUCGGAGGUAUCGUCAUCAAUGUCUCUUCUCCUUUCUCCUCUUCUUGGAAACGAUAUCCGCAGAUGGAUGGAAAGACGACGGGAUCUCUCCUCUGCCGCUAGAAGUUCGUUCGGCACAAAUCUUAACCUUAUGCCAUUGUUUUCCCAAACCCUAACCCAGAAAUUCGCGUCGGUGACUUCCUCAUCUUUCCAUUGUCUGAUUUCUGUCGUCGACUACCCUAACCCAUAACCCACGGCGGGAUCGUCGCGGAGAUACCAUGACGGAGGGAAUGAAGAUUGGCAAAGAAAAGAGAGAUCAGACGUUGAGAAUGGAGGGUAAGAUGGAAUUUAAUAAAAUAAGAAGGGAUAG